UCCUCCAGUGUUGCUUCCCCUCCACUGCUACUAAUGCUUCUCCCCCUUUGAACUUCUAAUGGGGGGUUCAAGCGUCCUCCGGUUAACGAGUCUCUUCAUGUUGUGCCGAGUUUUAAAACUAAAUUUAGAUUUAGAUAAAUUUUUUCUUUUUUUAAAAUUUUAUUCCAUUUUUCACAUUUUUUCAUCUUGCUCACCCUUCUUUUCCCAUCUUGUUGAUCAAGAUCUGAAAAUUUCAUUUGUUUUUUCAUGUGGUGUAGAUUUAUUAUAAGAUCUGUUACCCACUGAUGCAUUACGAAAAAGUUAACAAUUAAAAGCUUCAUGUGAAAGAUGUAACCACCAUAUCAUUUUUGAAUUCCAAGAUUGUGUUGUCACGAACCUAAAGAGAUGUUAAUGGGAAAAGCUGAUAAAUCAUCACAUCUUUCGGAAUAAAAGUGGUAACAAUAAGAGUGGUUUGACUUUUCAAAGACCUACAGCCUCAACUUGCAACAUAUAACGUAUCUUGAUGGUAUCGAGAACCAAGAAAUAAUAAAUUCCCCAAUACAUCAGUUUAGAAAUUUUUAAUCGCUCUAUCAUUUUUAUUAUUAGUUUACCCUUUUUAUUCACUUAUUUAAAAAAAAAACAUGCAUGGUUAUAGGCUUUUAAAUUGUAUUCAUCCCGAAAAUCUUAUUGGCAAAGUGAAAUGAAAGAGGUAUCUCUUGCUCGUGACAUGCAGAAAAAAGUGCUUUAAAAACGUAAUUUUCUCAUUGACCACUUAAUGGAGAAACUAUAUGCUUGCAAAUUUUGUGAUAUUCUUUCAGCUUCCGAAUGUAAAGAAGCGUUUUCAGGUGCAUGCUAAAGAGAAACCACAUACAUGUGAAAUUUGAUGUAGAGCAAUUUUUCAACGGUCGCAUUUAAAAAAUUCAUUUAAUGUCUCCUACAAAUAAGGAAUCAUACACUUGCAACUUUUGCAACAAAGUCUUUUCUGUGAUUUCCAAUUUUAAAAUUCAUUUACAGACGCAUGUGAAAGAAAAAUCAUAUACAUGCGACGUUUGUUAUACAGCUUUUUCUCGUAAUUGGACUUUGAAAAGGCAUUUACGGACGCACACGAAACCGCAAGCGUGUGAAUUUUGUAACAAACACUUUUCGGGUAAGAGGAAUUUGAAAAUUCAUUUACGGUCGCAUGCAGGGGAGAUAACAUACGCGUGUGAAUUUUGUAACAAACCCUUUUCGAAUAAGAAGAAUUUGAAAAUUCAUUUACGGACGCAUACGAAAGAAAAAUCGUAUACAUGCGAUGUUUGUUGUGCAGCGUUUUCUCAAAAUUCGAGUUUGAAAAGGCAUUUACGGACGCAUACGGGGGAGAAACCAUAUGCGUGUGAAUUUUGUAAUAAAUCCUUUUCGGACAAAAAUAGUUUCAAAAGACAUUUACGGACGCAUACGGGUGAGAAAAAAUAUAUAUGUGAAUUUUGUAACAUUCCCUUUGCAUAUAAGGGUGAUCUCACAAGACAUUUACGGACGCAUACUGGGGAAAAACCGUAUGCGUGUGAAUUUUGUAAGAAGCCCUUUUCGGAUAAGAGGAAUUUGAAAAGUCAUUUACGGACGCAUACGAAAGAAAAAUCGUAUACAUGCGACGUUUGUUAUACAGCUUUUUCUCAUAAUGCGAGUUUGAAAAGGCAUUUAUUUACGCAUACGGCGGAGAAACCGCAUGCCUGUGAACUUUGUAAUAAAUCCUUUUCGGAUAAGAGGAAUUUGAAAAGUCAUUUACGGACGCAUACGAAAGAAAAAUCGUAUACAUGCCACGUUUGUUAUAUAGCUUUUUCUCAUAAUGCGAGUUUGAAAAGGCAUUUGUUUACGCAUACGGGGGAAAAACCGCAUGCCUGUGAAUUUUGUAAUAAAUCCUUUUCAUAUAAAGGGAAUUUAAUAAUACAUUUAAGAUCGCACACGAAAGAGAAACCGUAUGCAUGCAAUAUCUGUGGUAUAAGAUAUUCUCAUUUUCUUUCUUUAAAGAGACAUUUGUCAAAGCAUAUCAUAGAAAAUGCAUGAAUUAUGCGCCUCCGAUGUUCAUUAAUGCGCUUGCUCGUGAGAGAACUUCGCCUCAUCUUAAAGAGAAAGGCUUAAUAUAAUGAUUUUGUAGUACGUUAAUGUUUCAUGAAACAAGGACCGAAAAGGUUAUUAUUUUACUAAAAUAUGUUGAAAUAAUCUCUUCUAGGAAUUCUAUUUGGUAUGACACGGCACAUAAUGCAUAUUCAUUGUUAUUAUACAGGGUAAUUCUUAUCCUUAAAUGAAUAUUCCAUGUUUGUACUAUUAAAGAAAACAAAACAAAGUGUAAUCUGGUUGCUGAUCCGAAAUUACAAAUAGCAGUUGAAAAAUUAAACUGUACAAUUAUAAAUAUUCAAUAGAAGCACCUCCAAAAAUCUUAUCCAGACGAUACGAUAACCCAUCACAUACCCUUUCAGUUUCUCCAAUAUCAUGCUUUGAAAGCCUGCUGCUAUGCAUGUUUUAAGUUUAUAAACAUCAGUUGAUAGCGGGCUAAUAAACACUUGCAAUUUGUUUUAACCCGAGAUGUGUAUUUUAAUGUGAAUAUGUUUUAUACAUAUGCGUUAAAAUGUUUCCAAUAAAAAUUUGUGUUUUAUUGAAAAGUCUUAUAAAUUUAUGUACUUCCCUUUUACUAUUGUGUGUGACUAUAAUUUGUGUAAUUUUUCUUCUGUAACAUUUUGUACCUCCUGAAAGUUUCAGAGCUGCGAUUUAUUAUAAGAAAUAUAAAAUCUAAUAUGCAGAAGUAUAUUUUUGUACGAAUGUGUUUCAAUUAUUGAAUUUAUAUAGCAUGGUUUCCUGCUUCAAAUCUGCAUCUUGUAUUAAACCAUUUUGUAUCGAAUUGUUUUUGUAAAUUUUUCCUUACAUUUCGAAUAUAAAGUUUAAAAUUUAGACGAU